AUUGUGUGCACAUACAUUUGCCAGGUUUUAUUCUUCUCUAGAAGCUUUUUUUUUUAAUUAACUGACAACAUAGUAACACGUAAUAGGGUACGAAGGUCAAGGAACAUCUGAUUAUAACUGCCCUUCGAGUAGCAAGUUCUACCACCAGUGACGUCGUUCCUAGUCGCCCUCACUCCACCAAGGAGACGAAAACUCCAGUUUUUAUUUAUGAUAUUUUAAUUGCCAUCUUUAUUAGGCACACUGAACACCCUCUUACUGUGAAAUUCCUCGCAACAUGGCCCAAAGGAGAGUCUUCGUGGUUGGUGUGGGUAUGACCAAGUUUGAAAAGCCUGGUCGUCGGGAUGACUUCGGGUACCCUGUGAUGGCACGUGAAGCUGUGGAAAAAGCACUUGAUGAUGCCAAAGUUAAAUAUAAUGAAAUUGAGCAAGCAGCAGUUGGAUAUGUUUAUGGAGACUCCACUAGUGGUCAACGUGCCUUGUAUGAAGUUGGAAUGACUGGAAUCCCAGUAUACAAUGUAAAUAACAAUUGUUCUACUGGCUCAACUGCAUUACUUGUUGCCCGUAAUCUCAUCAGAGGAGGCCUGGCCAAUUGUGUUUUAGCCCUUGGAUUUGAGAAGAUGGAACGAGGAUCCUUAAAAUCUAAGUACCUAGACCGUGAAAAUCCAGUAGAGAAGCAUGUUCAUGCAUUGGCAAAUGCGGUGGAGAUGGAUUCAUCACCCUUAACUCCUCAGCUGUUCGGAAAUGCUGGCAUAGAGCACAUGAAGAAAUAUGGCACUACACCAAAACAUCUUGCCAAAAUUGCCUAUAAGAAUCAUCUUCAUUCUACCAAUAAUCCAUAUUCACAGUUUCAAGAGAAGUACACACUUGAAGAAAUUGAAAAGUCUCCAAUAAUAUCUGGUUAUUUGACCAAACUGCAGUGUUGUCCAACUUCUGAUGGUGCAGGAGCAGCCAUUCUAGCCUCAGAAGAAUUUGUUAAAAGUCAUGGUUUGCAGAAUCAGGCUGUGGAAAUUGUUGGAAUGGAAAUGGCAACUGACACCCCUUCCACUUUUGGAGAUAGUCCCAUGAAAAUUGUUGGGUAUGAUAUGACCAAGAAUGCAGCUGAGAGACUCUUUAGGGGAGCUGGUAUUUCUCCUACUGAUGUAGAUGUAGUUGAACUCCAUGACUGCUUUUCUGCAAAUGAACUGAUAACAUACGAGGCUUUAGGUCUAUGUGGUGAGGGAGAAGCAGGCAAACUGAUUGAUUCUGGCAAUAACACUUAUGGUGGAAAGUAUGUCAUAAACCCUUCUGGUGGUCUCAUAUCCAAAGGUCAUCCCUUGGGUGCUACUGGACUUGCCCAGUGUGCUGAGCUCUGCUGGCAGCUGCGAGGUAAGGCAGACAAGCGUCAGGUUCCUAAUGCAAAAGUAGCCCUUCAGCAUAACGUUGGACUUGGAGGAGCAGUUGUAGUAACUCUUUACAAAAUGGGCUUCCGAGGCAAUGAAAGAAGCAUUGUGGCAGCAGCAACAGCAGCCGGAGGGGAAUUCCAAAGUACCCAGAUCUUUGAUGCCAUAAAAGCAGCAUUAGAUGCAGAUGGAGCUAAUCUUGUCAAGAAGGUGAAAGGUGUCUUUUGCUUCCAUGUGAAGGGUGGCCCAAAUGGUAGCGAGGCCAAAUGGAUUGUUGAUGCUAAAAAUGGUAACGGAUCUGUAGAAAAGGAUGGAGCAGCUAAACCUGAUGUAACCAUAACAAUGACUGACAAGGAUUUAGUCGACCUGAUGACAGGUGCUCUUAACCCACAAAAGGCAUUCUUCCAAGGAAAACUGAAAAUCAAAGGAAAUAUGGGAUUGGCAAUGAAACUUCAAGAGUUCCAGAAGAGUGGAGACGUACCAAAGGCCAAACUUUAAUAGCAAUUUUUGUAGGAAAAAAAGGGGGAUCUUUUGCAGUUUGAUUUUUAAAUUAAAUUGAAAUUUAGAUUUGCUCUUCUUUUUGCUGUAGAAUUUGUAACAGUUUUAAUUAUGGAAAAGCACAAACUAAAUAAUUAUAUAUUUUUGUUGGGUCACUUUUCUAGUUGAAAAAUUGCUUGACCCUUAUGUUAUUGAACUCUGAAUGUUGUAAAUGGAAAAAAAAAAGGAAAAAUUGAAAGAACUUGUAUGCUUAUAACAAUGUAAGUGCAAGUAAAAAAAAGUAAAUGGCCUUUUGGCUUGCCUACAAUUACUAUAUACUCAAAUAUGUCAUCUUACUUCAAGCAGAUAGCUUACAUUUUAAGUCUUCACUAAAUAUUUUGAUGACCAUAUAAUAGCAAAGAAGCAGGCCUUUUAUUAAUUUAAAGUAUACAUUUGUGUACACAAAUUUUUAAAAGGGAAGUUUACAUUAUGAAGUAAGUGUUAUAAAAUAGUCGAGUGACAUAAAAAUCGGCAAGCACAGGUAUUUCAUGAAUUUUUAGCCAGGAAUGGCUAAUGUAUUUGUAUGUAUGGAUUUUUUUUGUGGGAUUUAUGGCAGUAGCCAAAGUUUGGGGACCGUAUUAUAUUGCAUUAUUAAGCAAUGCAAACAAUGCAAUGAAGCAAAUGUCAGCCAUAAGGGAUUUUCAUCUCAUGGCAUAGAAUGAAUGUGUAUAAAUAAUAUAUUUUCUUAAUGGUGCUAGUGAAAAAAAUAAACUACUAUUACAUUAGAAGUUCCCUCCUCUGUUAGUUUCAUGUAUGUAAAUUUUAAUGUCUAUGGCCAAUUUGUUUUUAUUAAACACUACUUUUACUACAUGUCUUACAUAUUUCCUAAUUACUACAAAGCAUCGUGUUCUGAAUGAAAAGGGUAAAUUGUUUAGUAGUAGCUCCUUUUGACAAUUAUUUACUAUAAGGCCUGUGCCAUCCUUACUCAACCACACUAGAUGCAGUAAUGAAAAAAGUCCUAGAUUUUGCAUAAUGAGAAACUCAUUGGUAACCAGUAGUUUAAUCAAACUUUUGGUUACAGGUUCAUUAACUGGAUUUAUUUUACCCUUUCAAUUUGCCUUUGUGAUUAAUGAUAACAUGUAAAGUUUUACAGUAAAUUGUAUUUUCUUUGAAACAUUUCGCGCAUGAUAGGAGUUGCUUGUCAAAGCAAACUGGUCGCAUUUGAAACUUGUUAGCAGUGAAUGAAUGAAUGGGAUUACUUGGCAUCAUAAUUUCACAGGUAAUUUUUAUGCUGUCCAACUUUUAAUUACAAAAUUAAAAACAAUAAAUGUA